GAGAAGAGGAGGAGGCAACAGCUGUGCUUCAACAUUUCAUGCUCACCUCCCCUCUUCUCAAAGAAACCAGCCCUCCCUCUCACUCUCAGCUCGCUUUGGUAAAGAUCACUUGCUUUCGCGAUGCCUUGGUGGCUUUCAGAAGCUGGAAGGUGACUCUACGGACAGAAGCCAAGACCGAAAGAGGAACGGGAGGUUAAAAGGACGAGGUAUACAGUUCAGAGGGGGCAGGAUCUGGAAGCAGGGUUGCUGGAGGACCAGCUCGGUCUCUGAGUCUCCCGCUAUGGGAGUGUUUUUCCGGAUGGAGCGAAUGUUUCCAAGAAGGACAGUGAGCAAGGUUUUGAGUUUGGAGUAACAGCAAGCAGUACAGUAGGACAAACAGACAGACAGGAUGACUGGCCAGGUGGCAGAAAAAAGUGAAGACCUGUCGGUCCAUCGGCUGUCAGUGAAGACAGCUCUGGAGGAGGAGCCUGAGAGAGCAGAGAGCACUCUAAGCCGGACGCAGUCUGUGUGUGAUGACACAUCCUCCGAGCUGCAGCGGGUGGCCACCAUUGAGCCCAAUGGGAUCAACUCGCGCAACUCUUUCCGUGGGAGAGGGGCCAUGUCACGGCUGGUGAAUUUGGUGGUGACCCUGCGAGAAUGGGCUCACAAGAGCCUGAUGGAGGAGCAACAACGGCCAGACUCCUUCCUGGAGCGGUUCCGUGGGCCCGAGCUGCAGGCCGCCCCAAGUCGCAACAGCAACGAUGGCAAGGGGGACACAAAGAAGAAGUCACAUGUCUUUGUCGUGGCACCCUCGGAUGAUAUGUACUAUUACUGGCUGUUUGUCAUUUCUGUUGCUGUGCUUUACAACUGGUGCCUCCUAGUGGCAAGAGCUUGCUUUGAUGAGCUACAGACCAGUAGCUGGAUUCUCUGGUUGGUGUUGGACUACCUCUCAGAUGUUGUCUACAUUAUGGACACCUGUGUUCGGCUGCGAACAGGCUUCCUUGAACAGGGUCUCCUGGUAAAGGACCUGUCCAAGCUGAGGGACAGCUACGUCCACACACUGCAGUUUAAGCUGGAUGUGGUGUCCAUCCUUCCCACUGACCUGGCCUACCUGGCAACAGGCAUCCACACACCUCAGCUACGCUUCAACAGGCUACUGCGCUUCCCUCGAAUGUUUGAGUUUUUCGACCGCACAGAGACACGCACCAACUACCCCAACAUCUUUCGCAUUUGCAACCUAGUGCUCUACAUCCUGGUCAUUAUCCACUGGAAUGCCUGCAUCUACUUUGCCAUAUCUAAGUCAUUGGGCUUUGGUUCUGACUCAUGGGUGUACCCCAAUGCCACAGACUCAGUGUAUGGCACACUGACCCAUACCUAUGUCUACUGCCUGUACUGGUCUACCCUUACCCUCACAACCAUUGGAGAAAUGCCAGCACCUGUCCGGGAUGAAGAGUAUCUGUUUGUGGUCUUCGACUUUCUGGUGGGCGUGUUGAUCUUUGCCACGAUUGUGGGUAAUGUGGGCUCCAUGAUUUCCAACAUGAAUGCCACGCGAGCGGAUUUCCAAGCUCGCAUCGAUGCCAUCAAGCACUACAUGCAGUUCCGGCGAGUCAGCAAAGAGCUGGAAGCACGUGUUAUCAGAUGGUUCGACUACCUGUGGACCAAUAAGAAGGCAGUGGAUGAGCAGGAGGUGCUGAAGAACCUGCCCAACAAGCUGCGGGCCGAGAUCGCCAUCAACGUGCACCUGGAAACGCUGAAGAAGGUGCGAAUCUUCCAGGACUGUGAGGCAGGGCUGCUGGUGGAGCUGGUACUCAAGCUCCGCCCCCAAGUUUUCAGUCCCGGCGACUACGUCUGCCGCAAGGGUGACAUCGGCAAGGAGAUGUACAUCAUCAAGGAGGGCCGGCUAGGGGUGGUAGCGGAUGAUGGUGUCACACAAUAUGCCCUCUUGACAGCUGGCAGCUGCUUUGGUGAAAUAAGUAUCCUCAACAUCCAGGGCAGCAAAAUGGGUAACCGGCGAACGGCCAACAUCCGGAGCAUAGGCUACUCCGACCUCUUCUGCCUGUCCAAGGACGACCUGAUGGAGGCUGUGACAGAAUACCCCGACGCCAAGCGAGUGCUGGAGGAGAGGGGACGGGAAAUCCUGAUGAAGGAGGGGCUGCUGGAUGAGAACGCGGCCACCAGACCGCCGGCGGAGGAGGUGGAUGAAAAGGUGGUGCGGCUGGAGACUUCACUGGACACGCUGCAGACGCGCUUUGCCCGGCUGCUCAGCGAGUACGCCACCACGCAGCAGAGACUCAAGCAGCGCAUCACUGUGCUGGAGCAGCAGCUGCAUCGCGCUGGCUACGUCCUGCCUGAUGCGGGCGAGAGCGACAACGCUGUGGAGCAUGUGCCUGAGAAGGGUGGACCUGGGGAGGGUGGGCCUGGAGAGGGUGGACCUGGGGAGGGUGGGCCUGGAGAGGGUGGACCUGGCAAGAGCAAACCAGGGGAUGGUGGGCCUGACUAG